CAAACACUCGCCUGAACGACUUUAACCAACCCGGAACUUUUCUGCCAACUAAUCAUCCCUGAAAAUUUAUUGGAAAGAGUUUUUUCCUGUUUUGCGAGUCGUCCAAAUGCUUCUUUGAGAAAAGUCACGUCUGCGGACUCAGUUAGCGCCUUCUGGGGGGAAAAAGGCCGCUUGCAGAUGUUUCUCGCUCCGACCGCGGCGGUUCCUGCAGGACAGUAGCCCUCGACUUGGCUUUUCAAAGCAGAUAGGCAGUGGAGUCCAGGGAUGCCAACAUGCCACAACAGAAGGACAUAGUGAAGAUAGCCAUCCAGAUGCCUGGGGCCUACCCCCAGCUCAUACAACUCGAUCAGAAAAAGCCUCUGUCUGCUGUAAUAAAGGAGGUGUGUGAUGGCUGGAAUCUCCCAGGCCCUGACAACUACGCUCUGCAGUAUGCUGAUGGAGUACAGACAUACAUCACUGAAUCGAAUCGUCUGGACAUUAAGAACGGCUGCAUUCUGCGUCUGACCAAGGCACCGGGCCGCUGUGCAGAAGACUUGUACAAGGGCAUCCAGAGUGCGGACUCAGGUGUGCGCUGUGAUUCGCUGAAGGAACUGGCGAGUGUUUCCACAGACGUGACCUUUGCUCAGGAGUUUAUCAGCCGAGACGGACACCUCUUGUUGGUCAAGAUAGUAGAGGACUCCAAUGAGAGUAAUGUGAUCAUGACCCACACACUGACAGGCUUCAUGGAACUGAUGGAUCAUGGGAUAGUUUCCUGGGAGAACCUCUCCUCUGUCUUCAUCAAGAAGAUUGCCAGCUUUGUCAACGCCAAGCCGACUGAUGCAUCAAUACAGCAGGUGUCCUUGGACAUCCUGGAGAGCAUGGUGCUGAGCAGCCACAGCCUCUUCCUGCAGGUCAAACAGGAAGUCACUAUGGAGAAGCUCAUCGCUCACCUCCAGGUGACGAACCAGCAGAUACAGACCAAAGCCAUGGCUCUGCUUAUGGCACUACUACAAACAGCCGGGGACUCAGACAGACAGGAUAUGUUUGCGUUCCUGAAUAAGAAGAAUCUCCGUCAGUACAUUUAUAAAAACAUCAUCCACAGUUCUGGCUUAGUCCAGGACGAGAUGGCUCACUACCUCUAUGUCCUACAGUCAGUUACCUUGAAUCACCUGGAGCCUCGCAUGAGGACGCCUCUGGACUGUUACAGCCAGGAGCAGAGAGACAUCCUUCAUGGUUUGCGUCAGGCAGCAUUUGAGACAGAAAGCGAGAACAGUCUGAGCCACGAGAGACGACGCUCACUCUGUGCCAAAGAGUUCAAGAAGUUAGGCUUCUCUAACAAUAGUAACCCAGGUCAGGACUUGGUGCGAACGCCUCCUGGUCUUCUGGCUUUGGACACCAUGUUUUAUUUUGCCGCCCGCUAUCCUGACGCCUACAGCAGGUUCGUCCUGGAGAACAGCAGCAGGGAAGACAAACAUGAGUGUCCAUUUGCCAGGAGCAGCAUCCAGCUCACACUCAUCCUGUGUGAAAUCCUUCGUAUCGGAGAGCCCCCCUCAGAGACGGGAUCUGAUUACCACCCCAUCUUCUUCAGUCAGGAUCGGCUGCUGGAGGAGCUUUUCUGUGUCUGCAUUCAGCUGCUCAACAAGACCUGGAAGGAGAUGAGAGCCACACAGGAGGACUUUGACAAGGUGAUGCAGGUGGUGAGGGAGCAGAUCACCAGGACAUUGUCCAGCAAGCCGACCUCCCUGGAGCUCUUCAAAAACAAAGUUAAUGCUCUCAACUACAGCGAGAUCCUCAAACUGCGGCAGACAGAGCGGCUGCACCAAGAGGAGACUCUUGCUCCACCUGUACUUGAGCUCAAAGAGCGCCUGAAGCCAGAGCUGCUCGAGUUGAUCCGCCAGCAGAGACUCAACAGGCUGUGUCAGGGAACAAUGUUCAGGAAGAUUAGCAGCCGACGCAGACAGGAUAAACUCUGGUACUGCCGCUUGUCACCCAAUCACAAGAUGCUUCACUAUGGUGAUGUGGAGGAGGACACGGACAAUCCACCAAUCGAAACACUGCAAGAUAAGAUUCCAGUUGCAGAUAUCAAAGGCCUGCUGACGGGAAAGGACUGUCCUCACAUGAAGGACAACAAAGGCAAACAGAACAAGGAGGUGCUGGACCUGGCAUUUAGCAUCACAUAUGACGUGGAAGAGUACAGCCUGAACUUCAUCGCCCCCUCCAGAACCGAUUUCUGCCUGUGGACAGAUGGACUGAGCGUCCUCUUGGGCCGGGAGAUGAGUAGUGAGUCCAUGCGCAGCGAGCUGGAGAUCCUCCUCUCUAUGGAGAUUAAGCUUCGCCUCCUGGACCUUGAGAACGUUCCCAUCCCCGACAGUGCGCCAGUCAUCCCUAAACCACCGAGCAACUACAACUUCUGCUACGACUUCAGCCAGACUGAGCAGUAGAGUGUGUUGAAUGACUGGAGCACAGCUAGGAUGUGUGAAUGUGUAAAUAUGUGUGUGUGUGUGUGUGUGUGUGUGUGUCUGAAAUAAGAGGCAUGUGUGGUGAGAGCUGACCUGCGCAUCCAUGCACUUAUUCUUAUAAUGCAAAUUUAUAACCCUGGCAUUCAAUUCUUCUUCUGUGGUCUUCUACAGCCAAGUGAAACUCUGAACAGGAGAACCGCUGUCUUUCAUGGACCAGUGUGUACGAUUCAGAUGGAUCUAUAAGCAGAAAUGGAAAAUUAUAAUGAUUAGUUUGCUUUCAUUAGUGUAUAACCCCGUGAAAAUAAGAUUAAUUUGUUUUUGCCAGAAUGAGCUUUUUACAUCUACAGAGGGACAGGUCCUCCUCCAUGUAGUCCACCAUGCUGCACCGCCAUGUUUGUACAGUAGCCCUGAACGGACAAACCAAACACCGGCUCUAGAGAGAGCCUUUCGUGUUUUUAGCAGCCCCUGUAGAGGAGGGUGAGGCAACGGGUUUUCAGUUGGUUGCAAUCUGCAACCACACCACUAGAUGCCACUGAAUCCUACACACUGCUCCUUUAAACUACAGCAGUGGUUGGGGGUGUGCACUGCUACCAGAUGGCUAUCGACUGUACUAAUUUUUUCUCCAUUCACAAUUUCUCCUUCUCAGCUGUUUGGAAGCCUCAACACAGCUCCAAAAACAACAAAGGCUUAAAAAAUGAGAUUCUUCUUAUGCAGUACAGCCACUCAAGUAAUGGUACUUUCCUUUUGUUGUGUAAUCAUUUUAUAUAUCUAAAACUAUGUGUGAUACAUAGAAUAUUCCUGUGUGUGAGGAGGUUUAUUACUGGUUGGAGCUAUGAAUGCUUUGAUCCUUGUCUCUAAGUGCUGGUUGUCUGAUUGCUUUUUUAAAUGGGCAUUAACUAGAACAGAGUGCUUUCUCAAGAUGUGGCACAUGUUGACUCAUUUCAAACAAAUGAAAGAUAAAGUAUGUUUUCCGUGUUCAAUAUUUUGCAAGGUACUCGCCUUUGUAUAGACCCCAGUGGCUCAAUAUGAUUACUGUAGAGUGGAGAUGCUCUGAAAGCUCCGUACAACCUCUGUUUUUUAGUGGUGCAGGUCUGCAUUAGGUACCGAACUGACUUUUUAACUUUUGGUUUUUAAUUCAUAGGCAACUGUACCUUAAAUCCAUAAUCAUGUUUGAUCAUGAGAAAAAAAGUUUAUAUCCAACCAGCAAUCAGUGAUCUUUUUCUGAACUGUCUUGUAUCCAAUCCUGAAUGAUUUCUAAAACUGAUCAGUUUUAUACAAGGUACUUUAUAAUACUAUGAUGGUGGUGACACUCAAAGCAGCAACUGAAGAACUGACACACUUCUACAGUAUAACACAGCGUGUUUGAGUGUUGGGUUACUUUACUUCAGCACAGUCACGACUGUCCUCUGCAGUGCUUCCCUCACACACAACCCUCUGUGAUAAUGUUCACUUUGAAUCAUGUGAUUUGGGUGACUUCACAUGAAUAAACGGUUUGAUUUAUACUGAAAGAAAAAAGUGUGUGUGUUUGUCCUGUAGCGUAGCAGCCAGACUUUGGUUUAUUUAUAAAAUCAACAUACUUUAUCCUUGAUUUUUCACCUUUGCAGAGUAAAAGUUUCCCUCUAUCACAGUGGCUCAAACACUGUUACAACAGUACAAAAUUGUUCAACAAUGUACAUACAGUAUAAAGGGAUAUUUUCUUAAUUAGGCUACAGCGCUUGACCAAAGACAACAAAGGAGAGAUGAAUUCAAGUCAGUUCGAAACUACAGUUUGCACCGUUAUGGUAAAAUUGUAGUAUCUAGUAAUAACAGCAAAUGUCAUUGCUUAAGAUUUUCAUUGAAAAAAAAAAUGUUGUGAUAUGAUUUGUCUGCUCUCUGUGGAAAAUUACUCCCUUUCAAUAAAUUCCUUCAAAUUUUAGACUAAGUUUGACUACAUGCUUAUCACAUCUGAUAAAGCAGGUUGUUUUCAAAGAACCCUUAAAUAAUUAAAACUGUUAAGUACUGGGGGCAGGCACACUGUAAAUCCUAAAGGAUCAGGUCCAAAAACAGUUCUGUCUUCUUCAAAAAUCAUGCCAUGCCAUCAUUCACCUUAGCUUCGGUGUCAUUUCUUGAAGUUGAGCACCACUACUGCACCACUACUUCACUUUGUAUUCCAUAUUUACUUCUUCUAGAACUGCCAUUGUCAAAAAAAACAUUUCUCCUGUUUUGUUGUUUAAAACA